ACAUCCAAUGAAGAUUUGUUACAUUUGUUUAUUUACAAGUGGAGUAAGCUUGUGAAUACCACUUGUUAGUUUAUUGUUGUGACUAUCUAUUUUUGGGUUAUUGCUAAAUUUUUACAAUUUUUCAAAGGUCUAUAUAAAAUGUUAUUUUACUUCAAUUUUUAAAGAAUAGAGGACAAAUUUCUAAGUCAAGUUGGCUUAAAAUUUUCCAAAAAUGUUAAAUUUUUUUAUGGUUGUUUGAGAUGAGGGUCUUUAAUUAAGGUAUUAGUUGAAAAUGUUGUUUUAUUAUCAUGCUUUGCUCGAACUGAUGCAGAAAGCAGAGUGGACAAAUAAAUAAUUAAGUUAAAAGAGUAAAUAUCCUCUCUAAUAUUUCUCUCUAUUACUAUAACUUUUAAAUGUUAAAUGUUCAUAACUUUUUUUAGAUCCAUUUAACGGUACACUAUUAUAUUCAUAUUUUCAAAAUCUAUAGUUUUUGAAAAAAUAUAAAUAUUAAGAACUAACUACUAAUUAUUUGCCUCUAAAAAUUUAGUUAAAUGGAACAACAUUUUGUUAUGAAUUAGGCAUAAGUGAGUUGGUCAUAAGUUUGAUUUUCGAGAGCUACUUUUAACCUCCAUAGAUUAUUUAAAUACUAUACUCCUUCCAUCGUGGAAAAUAAGUUAUUAUUUUUUAAGGCGUGAUCUGAAUACGACACAUUUAAACAUUGUUUAAAUAUGUAGCAAGCAACCAGAACCAUACAAUAUAAACUUAGCUUAAAUAUACAAUUGAGGUUAAAAAUAUGACAGAUACAUUUAUAGCCUACACCAGCUAUUGACUUCAAAAGCAUAAGGCAUACACAUACCGCUUAAACUACGUACCAUUACCACAAAACAACUACCCUCAAGUUGACAUUUUAUUCCCCUUCUCUAUAUUUGCACAUUGCAAGUUAUAUUCAAUUGACUCACAAUUAAUAUAACUCUCUCUUUAACCAUCAUCAUAGCCUUUUUCUACAGACAUAAAAAACCAUGAACAGCACUAACAAUUCUGAUUACAACCCUUCACAGAACUCAAAUAUGUUAACAUAUUAUUAUCUUGGAAUGUCUUUUGCUUUUAUUUUUCUAAUGAUGUUCAUAGCUCUAGUUUCAUGUUACUGUAACCACAGAAACUGGCAAAACUGGUUUCAAUCUAGAGGCAGCAAUUCCAACAGAACAGUGAUCUCGAUGGAGAGAGAUCAUACCGAGUUGAAUAUUGAAGUUUGUGCUGAAGAACAAGAUGCAAUCCUGAAUAGUUACCCUAUUUUGUUGUACUCACAAGUCAAGCUUCAUAAGGCUGAUUCAACAUCACUCACUUGCUCAAUAUGUUUGGGAGAUUACAAAGAUUCAGAGUGGUUGCGACUCUUAUCUGAUUGUGGUCACUUUUUUCAUAAGGAGUGUGUUGCUACAUGGUUUAGGCUAAACCACUCAUGUCCCAUGUGUCGGAGCUCGGCACUUCCAACACCCAUUGCUCAAGUUACACCCUUGUCAACUACUCAUGAUUGAGUAGAACAAACUAUAAAUGGUUAGAACUUUAGAAGCCUCAUCUUUGACUAUACUGUUUUAUAUAUACGGUUUUACAUGUAAUAUAGGUUACUUGAAUUUGCUUAAGGCUGAACUUUGACGCUUGCAAGUACCAUGAGUAUUAUUAAUUCUCUUCACCUUCUUUUCUCUCUACAUUUUUCAUGAGUACUUCAAUUUUUUCAAAUAUUCGGUUUGAUUUCUAAGUUUAUAAACCUAUUUUUAGUGUUCGAA